UGCUAUUUAAGUGAGUGACGCUUCCUUGGACGCAGCAAUUCUUACAUGUUCGCUAGAGGCCGCCGCUCCACACUAUGCAACAAUUAUCGACGGCAUUCCUGAUCAUUGCGUUAGCGAUCGUCGUCAAUGAUGGUGGCGCGACGGUACAGAACAAAAACGGAACCGACCAACUAGCCGAGGAGACGAAGACUAAACUUGUGACUAUCAUAAACGGCCCAAAUUCGCGAGGGUUGCAUUCACCGACGCCGUUAAUAGUCGCCGGCCUGCACACGCAGCAAGCUCCCUCCCCACCCAAAGUUCUUACCAAAAUUAAACACCAUCACCAUCAUCACCACCACAGAUAUGUCAAAACGGUGGAAAAACCCAUCAAAGUCCCGUACAAGGUGGAAGUGCCUCAACCUUAUCCGGUCGAAAAGAAAGUACCCGUUCCGGUACCAGUGGAAACAGUUAAAAUAGUGGACAGACCAUAUCCGGUGACUGUCGAAAAGAAGGUUCCAUAUCCGGUAGAGGUUAAAGUUCCACAUCCUGUACCGGUCAAAGUUGUGGAGAAGGAAUAUAUUCCAAAACCGUACCCGAUCAUUCAUCAUGUGCCAAUAGUAAAGGAAGUCAAAGUCCCACAUCCGGUUCCUUACCCGGUAGAAAAGAAAGUUCCUUAUCCGGUUCACGUUCGAGUGCCCGUGGAUAGACCCGUUCCAUAUCCGGUCGAAAAGAAGGUACCUUACCCCGUGCCCGUAAAAGUUUUCGUGCCUAAACCUUAUCCGGUUGAAAAGAAAGUGCCGUACCCAGUUGAAGUAAGGGUGAAAGAACCGGUGGAAGUUAUAAAACAUGUAGCUGUUAAAGUGCCAGUGCCACAACCGUAUCCUGUAGAAGUUAUACGUCCAGUACAAGUUACAGUCGAGAAAAGAGUGCCCUACCCAGUGGAAGUUGAAAAGAAAGUUGAAGUGUACAUCCCUCAGAGAGUGGAAGUUGAGAAACGUGUACCGGUAUACGUACCAAAACCUUAUCCGGUUGAAAAGAAGGUUCCAUAUCCGGUCAAAGUUCCUUAUCCGGUGAAAGUGCCGGUUAAAGUUCCAGUAAAGGUGCCAGUUGAGGUUCCGGUUUUCAUUCAUCAUCCAUAUAUUUACAGCAAUGAUCGUUCUUUCGUUAGUAAGGGAGGGGACAAUUUUAUCAGGGAAGCAGUCAAUUCUGAGGAGACUGCGACUGAUGCACCAGAGCAUACAGUAACAGUUCACGGGAAUACUGGUUUCACUGGGUUCAAAACUGUAACCGAGGAUGGCACAACCUCAACUUCGACGGAAACUCCAUGACAUUAGACAACUUAUUUAUAUUGAAGACAAGACUCAUUAGUUUACAAUCUAGUUUUUUAGUAUC